AUGGGGAAGCACCGCCGUAGAAAGGUCAACCCGCCACGUGUGCCCAUCCACCCUACGCUGGACCAAGAUAAGGAUAUGAACCGCUUCGAAACGUAUCGCGACCUGAAGUUGCGCUGGAAACGGACGACUAAGUCGCGGAAGAACCGGGUGAGGCUGGCCCGCAAGUGGCGGCAGCCUCGCUACGUAAACCCAGCGAACCCGCCCACCUGCACUUUCGUGCUGCACGAACGUCUGCCUCAGACUAGGUCUAACAGGGGAUAUGGCAGUCGUGUUAGACAAGAUGAGGGUGCCGGAUCGUCGGCAACGCAGAAGCCAUAUGAGCCGGGAGAAAUAGUACUCGACACAUCACACAACUUCAGUGUUUACCCACCACCCGAGGUGGCACAAAAGAUAAGAGAAGGAUCGGAGGAACUCUUCUGCGUAUUCAAGUCGUCCGCCAUGCACCAGCACAAGGUGACGAAGGGUGACCUUGUACAGAUAGAGCGGCUUCGGCGCCGAUCAGCAGGUGAAAAGGUGACUUUCGGCACGGUACUGCUAGUGGCCUCACGAGAUUGGACCAUUAUCGGUAAACCAACUGUGCCAUAUGCCAAGGUGGAAGCGACUAUCGAACAGCAGACACUAUGCGGAGAACAAAUCAGCUUCCGCUACCGCAAGUCGAGGCGCAUAUCACGUUUCCUGAGGGUUCGUCACUGGGUGACGGUGCUGCGCAUCGACGACAUUGUGGUGGACCCCGAGAUGCGGAUCGACACAACACCCGUUAAGCCUCUGCGCCUGCUGGACCUGUGGGCCAACAGAUGGCUGUACGAGGACGAGAUGGGCGGCGUGAAAUACUCCGGAGACCGCACAGUAGCGGAAGGUAUGUCACCGUGGUCGACACUCGAAAUGCCUUCAGCCAUAUACGACGGCACCGAGCCCAGGGCCGGCAGCUACAACCGACUGGGCCUCACCGAAGCAUACCGGUAUCACCCUGACCCUUAUGCACCUAACUAG